AUGCCUAAAUUAUUUGUCAGCUCACAGAAAGCAGAAGGUAUGGGUGGACAUAAUGACUCAAGUGCAUCUGAGAAGAAACUGAGCGAGGCUGCAAAUGUUGUGCCAACCCUCAAUGCUGAGAAUUUGCAAAGUAACAUGAAAGUUAUAUAUUACAGCCGAACAUUUAUGUCUAUCAUUGGUGGGGUCAUUGCUGGAAUUUUGGGAUUCACAGGCCUUACUGGUUUUAUCUUUUAUUUUCUUGUUAUGGCUGUCACUUCAGUUGGACUCAUUGCCAAGGCGGGGUUUACAGUUCAUUCAUAUUUUGAUAGCUGGAACCAGAUUAUACUUGAUGGCUUUCUCGGUGGGCUUUUGUCAUUUGUGCUGUUCUGGACGUAUCCUUUAAACAAAUGA